UAACCAUUAAAUUUCAGUUAGGAUGACUUUGUUAUCGCAGCAACUCCAGAAGUUAGCACUUCCUAAAGAGCAGGUAAAAGGAGGAGCAAUCCAGCACUCCUCCCUCAUCUUCUCCACCAGAGUUGCCUCGGACUACGAUGUCCAGGAUAUCUAUGAUAUUGGAUCAACGGUUUCGAAGAGCUAGUCGCGCUGAACCCUUGCUUUGCCCGAUUCAAAGAUACCCUAUUUCACCAGACUGCUGGAAAGUUUGAGCGGCUCUUGAAGAGUGCUGAAUUUCUAGAAGGGGUUGAUAGUGAGAUUGAGCUUUUCCUUGCCCAUGCUUCGAAUUACGGUCUUCUGUCACCUGCUCACAAAGCUCUGGAGUGGCUUGUCAGAGCUUAUAAGAUCCACAUUUACAAUUCUGACGCCCUACUCUCUGCUUUCAUCCCACUUCAUGAUUCUAAAGUUUUCGCUAAAAUCUUAGAGAUCACAACUCUGCCCGAUACGUGGAUUUGGCUAGAGACCGCCAAGACGAACAACGUAAGUGUUGGAAGAGCAGAACUGGUGAAACUCUGUACAUCCAACCCCCACUACCUCUCCUGCUUCAUGGAGCGAGCAAUGAAGAUCAUCAACCUGACCGAAAACACGGCUAGAAUUCACCACUCUUUCCUCGUGACCCUGGUCUUCUUGGUCCUGGAACAGUUCGAGGAAGUUCCUCCUGAUGUUUUUCCGAAGAUCUAUUCCUGUAUGAUAACAGCCAUCUCCAGUUCAAACAAGGACCUCAAAUCAGCUGGGUACAUUAUUACUGGGCAGGUUAUGAGGAAGAUCACGUUGAAGGAUCAGAUAGUACGUGAGCUGAUCUCUACUGUUGCUGCUCAUCCCAACCCAUCGCUGGUUAAAGAGUUGAUCCUCUGUAUCUCGUGUAUUUUGCACUUCCAUCCAGUGUCAGAUCUACCAGUUGGACUUGUCGAGCUGUUGUUGCAGGAUCAGUUUGUCUUGGCAUUGGGCUUGAUUUACGAGAAAAAUGAUAUCAGCGGAUUCAUCAAAGAGUUACUCGUGACUGGAGUCGAUCUUUGCUUCAAGUCUGGCAUUUUGUUUUCCGAGAAAUUUUCACGAAUGUUCCAACUGCCCGACCUUCCAGAGAGUAUCGUGACUAGUGUUGUAGAUCGUUACUUCGAGCUGUACUUCGCCGCCUCUCAAGAAACAAGAAAUUCUGAAAGUGUGAAUCAGCUUGGGGACAUGCUAUCUUCAUCAUUCUCCUCCCAAGUUCAGGACACAUUCCAGAAAUUCCACUCUCAAGGAUCCGACAUGGUGGUACUAGGACAACUUAAAACCCUCAUUCUUGGCAAGUAUCUCGGAAAUGAGUCUUCACAGAAAAUUUUAGAAAUCAACCACGAGCUACCUGGCAUCCGUAUGUUAGGAUUACUGAAGAUAUCAGAGAAGCUGGAUUCUGGACGGGAGCUGUCCAGUGAGGAAGAAAAGGAUAUUACCGGUACGAUCAUCUCGAGGAUUACCGACGAGGAUGACUCUGUUUCGAUAAAAUCCCUGGAAAUGAUCAAGAAGUUUAUAAAGACCUCAGAAGUGUUGGAUUCUGUCACUUCUGCCGUUCUAAAGAAGAUGCAAUCAAUGGUGACAGACAGAAACCUGAACAAGGACACCGUGGUAUCCCUCAUAGCCUCUCUGAUCGGGUUCCCUGAAUCCCAACAGAUCCUUCACACCCUGCUCCUAGCUGUAGUGAACUUUAUUCCGGUGUGUGAUCAGCAUCACUCUAAACAGAUAGCUGUGCAGCUCAGGUCCAGCGAGUCUCUGAAGCGACUCAGCGCCUAUCUUCCAACUGACACCAACCUGGACGUGCUGGUUACCCACAUCCGUGAUUACCCUCAGAGAGCAGCUCUAGUGGAGACGAUGUGUAACAACCCCACCCCACAACACUUCAGGGUCAUCUGUUCUCUAGUUGACGCUGUGGAGGGUGGUGAAGUUAGUACCCUCGCUCAGUACCUUCUCUCUGUCUUGAACACGGCUGUCGAUAGAAAGUUUGAGUACAAAGAGAUGCUUGUCCAAGAUGCUGAUUUCGAGAAUACUGUUGCUAAAGCCCCAAAGUUCUUCAAAAAUUUCGCCAUCAUGAAACGCGAGUGGGAGAUGGUCGGACUGGUCCUCUCAGUUCUCACCAGACUGGCCCCUAAGAUCACCUCUCCACAAGAUAUCAAGCAUCUCCUCCUCUAUCUAGUGAGAUCCUGUACUUUACAUCAACCCUGCAAACCGCUCAUUGCUGCCAUCGACAGGGGACUGGUCUACAGUGUGGCUAUGAAGGUUGCGUUAGAAGAAGAUCCCAGUUCGAUCCUGGCCUCUGAAGGUCUAGACGGGACGGAGUCGCUGGAUAACCUGCUGGAAUGUCUCAGACUUGUGAAGAUUACGGAGGAGAACCUGAACUCUGUGUUCCCUCACUUGCUGUGUGCUCUAGUAGCUCCCUCUCAAAAGGUUCGAUCAUGGGCCUACAAGCGGUUGAAGACCGUAUCCAAGUUGGAUCCAUCCUCAUCGACGGGCGUCGAUAUUCUACAGAAUCUUGAAAUUACCAAAAAUGUUGAAUUUGAGAUGCUAAAACAGGAAAUAGGAAAAGUAUGCUUGAGCAACGACGCUAAGAUAUCAUCUUGGUUAGAGGAAACAUUGCCAUACGGCGAAAAGUUGAACAGUCUUUAUGGGAUUUUUGGGGCAGUGCAGCAUCCAGCUAAACUUAAAUACAGCCUUCAGCUCAUCAAGGAUGGAGCAACACGAGGUGGACUGCUAGGUGACUUGUCUCCCUCCUCCACCUCACUGCUCCUCAACCACUCUCCCCUGAUGGAGCUCUUCUUCUCUGCCAUGGAAACCAAUCCUGGUCUUCUUGCAGAGGGUCUCAACUCUGAGUUCCUGGGAGAGUUCCCGGCUGUGUCACGUGAUAGGGUGGUAAGAGUGUUGCUGGGAGAGUGCAACAAAGAGUGGGAGGAACAUAUCAAACUUACCAUCAGACAGAAAGUAACGGAGCUACCGGUUGACAUGACACUCCCAGUUAUGCUAGGAAUGCUGAAUGAAAAGGAGCGGUUUAAUCCACACAUUCUUCUCGUUCUCAACAUGCAGGGAGCAGCGAAUGACGAGUUAGCUACCACCCUGUUCGAAAUACUGCCAACUCAAAAGGGCAGCGAGGAGGAUAUAGUGACCCUGUUAACAACCGUGUGCACUAAACUGGGAAAUGAAACACCCCUCACACCCACCGCGCUCCGGGCUAUCGUGGACGUGAUCCGGGAAACUAACAAAGAAACACACCGACACGCACUCCACCACGGCUGUAUCGUUCUGCUGUCCAAACUCGCUGCUCACUUUCCUGUCCUGGUCCUGGAUCAUGUGAUCGCUAUCUUUACAUUUAUGGGUGACAGCACGAUGCGAAUGGAUGACAACUAUUCUAUACAGGUUCUGAUUGAAGCUAUCGGCACUAUAGUUCCGGUUAUCAAACAGAAAAAGGACAUGAUGAGCAUUUUGAGGGUGUUCUGUGACACGCUACCCCACAUUCCCUCCCACCGGGCAGAUCCUAUUUUUACUCUUCUGCUGGAAACAUCUGGUCCUCAAUAUCUGUAUCACGUGUUUGUUUUCGUGUUGGAACUAUGCAGCAGGGACCGAGAGCUAGCAUCCCAGUUUUCCUACUUCCUUCAGAACCUCACUAUCCAUUUCGGCCUAUCUGAUCUUUUAGGAACCUCUGUUGGACUCAUUAAAACACUAGCAGCAUUGCCGGAUAAACUGACGAAAAUGACUGGUAAGACACACAAAGUUCGCUUGGACAGUGGAGUUGAUCUUAGCUUCAACGAUACGAAGCAUUAUCAUUACUUCAAACUUGGUCUGGCAACGCAACUUUACUUGCUCACCACCAACAAGCACUUCACCGGAUUGUUAUCUGAUUUCGAGAAAGAUAAGGGUGACGAACAGAAGCUAGCGGAACUGAUAGAACUGUCUCUUUCCAUCAUGAUACAUUACCAAGAUUCUCAUGGGGACAAGUUUGUUGAUAUGCUCAACAAACGGUUAACUGGAGUGACAACAAGUGUCACAGCUGGACUACCUUCGUCUCUCUUCAUCUCCGUUGUGAGAGCUCUCCUCUCCACCGACACCUCCCUCCUACACGACAAGUCCCUCAACAUGCUUCUAAACAGGGUCAAAGGCGAGAGUGGUUGGACGGUGGAGCUGGAGGAGAACACAGUGUCCUUACUGGACACUCUCCUUAAACUAGCUCAAUCUCACAGCUUAACAUGGAAAGUUCUAGACCUGCUCGUCAAGAAAAUAGGUUCCAAGUACCCUGAAGAGUUUGUUAAAGUGCUCGGCGCAGCUGCGACUCAUCUUGGCAACAACCCAAGUGAUGAGCUCCGGAAAUGUAUUUGCACGUGUUUGGAAGUGCUGAGUGUCCGGUGUGUCGCGCAUUUGCCGGAUCUUGUGAAGAUCUCUAUUGGGAAUCUACAGGAUAACAGUGCGGUUUUGUCGGCCGUCAUUUCAACUGUUCCUCAGUUCACCUCUGCUUACAUAUCCGACAUUCUUGUCGCUAUGUCCAAGGUUUACAGUGAUAAUUUAUCAAAACUGAGUGCUGAAAUUGGGGGUGGAAUUAAGUUAAGGGUCCUUCUUCCUGCUGUGAUAAACGCAAUCGACACACUACUCGACUCAUCUGCUCAUGACCUGCGCGCAGUAACGGACACGCUGAGGAAGUGUAUUGAGCAGAACGUGACUCAUGACAUCAAGAACCAAGUUACUGAUAUCAACACCAUCUUCGUGAAGUUACUAUCCUACAGGGAUACAACCACCAGCUUCACUCAAGAAACGGAGGACGAGGUAAUAUCAUGUUUUGUUGGGCUGGUGUACAAGCUAACUGAGAAGGAGUUCCUUCCUCUGCUAGUGAGAUUACUCGAGUGGUCUAACGGGUCUCUGGAGAGGAGCAUUACUUUCUACAACCUUUCUGCUCAUCUCUCAGAUAAACUUCAGGGACUGUUUUUAUUGUUUAGUGGUUCGAUCUACCUCAAUCUUGUGGAAAAGCUUCAACAAUGCAAACCUCCUGUUCAAACCGAAGAGUUUACAAGCAAGAAAGUCAAGUUAUCCUCUGGAUCUGAUCUGGCUAUGUACACACUAAAAACCCUUUACAACAUGCUGAGAUAUGACACUGCUCAUGGCUUCAUAACUGCUGACAGGUUUGACACUCUGUUACCAGUCCUGCUCGAUCUGAUCACCCUGCCAGAUAUCACCCACCUCACACCCGCACUAGCUCACCUCCCCAUCGCUGCUAACUCUGAUAGGCUCUGGAAACAGUUCAACUUUCAAAUACUCAACCAGUCCAAGUCUCUGCUGCCAACGGUACGACAAAAUGUUGUUUCAAUCUACAAAGAGUUCAUCAUAAAGCUGGGACAGGACUACGGUGUCCUUCUGCCAGACUCGCUGCCCUUCAUCGCCGAACUUCUGGAAGAUUCUGAUCCGACAGUCGAGGAGAUAACUCACCAGAUAGUGAAGACAAUAGAAGAUAUAACUGGAGAAUCUAUGGAUCAGUACUUGUAGAGAAAGAUCUGGUGAAUUGAAGCAUUCUGGUAAUCUUGCAAGAAGAUCGAAGGUUGCUCCUUAAUUUAUAAUCUAACUUAUUUCUUUUAAAAUUGUUUGUCAUUAAUCGUGUUCGGUUUUGAAAUAAAACAGUUUAUU